AUGUUUACCAGUCCUACCUUUGGUGCUUUCAUAAGAUUCCACCCCUUUUUCAGGAAUCCUACCACCAAUUCUGCUUUAAACUACCAGAUUAAAGGCGUCAGAUCCUUUUCGGCUUCAAACAGUGGUUUUUUGGAUCACAUCACUCAUAUUAGGUCCAAUCUUUCCUCACUUCAGGACGACCUAACAUUUUUGGCAUCGUCGAACGUAAAAUCGCAAUGUCACCUUCUCGAGCUAAAGUUUAAGGAUCCUUCCAACUCAACUUUGAGCUCAAAGCUGUCCCACUUGACCAACAAGGGUGGCGAGCUCGAGAGGCUUGUUUACAAGAUUCUGGACAAUAGGCUUCGCUACAACCUGGCCAAGAACCGGCGCAUUACCAAGGACAGCAGCUACAAAUACGGCAUCGUUGGCGUUUCCAUGGUCUGUGUGUUCGGGUCUCUCGCUCUUUCUCUCAAUCCCAUCUUCCUUGCCGUAACUCUCUUCGACUUUAUUUCCUUUUUUAGGGCGCCGCCGUGGGUCUUUACUUUUACAGGAUCGUUUUCAGGCAGUCGAUGCUACGCAAAGGUACGAUGUGCAACAUCCAUGCUUAUUUACACACCACGUCCAUACGUAACACGUACACACGUAACACAUACACCAUACAUACGCUUAAGCCGUAUAUACAUCACUCGUUAA